AUGGCUAACUCCUCGAGCGACAUGGCGCACAACGCUAAACCAAACGCCAUGCGCGUAUAUCUUCUUGCAAUUGUGACCUCAAUGGGCGCUUUCAUGUUUGGAUAUGACUUGGCAUUUAUCGGAACGUCGAUUGAUCUACAUUCAUUCAAGAAGGACUUUGGACUUAUUGGUGCAACCCAAUCCGUCCAAGAUGCAUUCUCAGCCAACAUUGUCUCAUUGCUUCAAGCUGGAUGUUUCUUUGGAGCACUGGCAGCUGCACCACUUGGAGACAGACUCGGUCGGCGAAUUGCGUUGGCACUUGGGGCUAUUUCCUUCAUAGUCGGUUCCAUCAUGCAAGUUGCUUCGGCGGGUAGCAAGCCCUUGAUGUUUGUUGGCAGAGUACUUGGUGGAAUGGGUGUCGGCGCUGCUAGUAUGCUAGUACCAUUGUAUACCGCGGAAUGCGCACCGCCCCAGAUCCGAGGCCGACUAGUGGGCAUCUAUGAGAUUGGCGUGCAGGUCGGUACCUGCAUGGGUUUCUGGAUCAACUUCGGUGUUGAACAACAUAUGGCACCAACAUCUGCGCAAUGGAUGACCCCAUUUGCUCUACAGCUUAUUCCCGGUGGUCUCCUCUUGAUUGGACUUUGGUUCAUGCCAGAGUCACCUCGAUGGAUGGCCAAAGCUCAUGGCAGAGCUCAGGUGACUGAGGUUCUGUCACUUCUGCGAAACUUGCCGGGUGAUCAUCCUGACGUACAACACGAAGUCGAAGAUAUUCUGCAGCAACUCGAGCUUGAGCGAGUAAUGAGCCCAGAUGGCACUCUAUCGUCCGUGAAGGAGCUCAUGCAGCCGGGUAUCAGAUACCGUGUGUUCCUGGGAGUGGUGAUCAUGAUCUUCUUCCAAAUGGCCGGAUCGAAUGCAAUCAACUACUAUUCUCCUCGCAUCUUUCGAUCGAUCGGACUCACUGGAACCAAGACCACAUUGGUAUCCACUGGAAUCUACGGGAUCGUCAGAUUAGUUGCGGUGUUCUUUGCCAUGUAUUUUGUGGUUGAUCGCUUUGGCCGGAAGCCCAUGUUGAUCAUUGGCAGUAUCGUCAUGGCUCUCUCCAUGUGGCUCAUUGGCGCCUUUGUCAAAGUCCAAAGCGCAGAGGUCAAGACCGGCGAGUCGAUCAGCGGCACUUCUUAUGCGGCAGCCGUGUUCAUAUAUUUGUUCGCGGUAUCGUUCUGCUUUAGUUGGGCCGGUGUUCCAUGGAUCAUUUGCUCCGAGAUCUACCCCCUUCAAGUUCGUGGACUUGCCGUCAGUAUCUGUGUGGCAACACACUGGCUGUUCAACUUCGUUAUCGCGAGAAGUGUGCCAUACAUGAUUUCGAACAUUCACUUUGGAACAUAUUUCGUCUUUGCUGCCUGCACCACACUAGCCGUGCCCUUCGUCUGGUUCAUGAUUCCAGAGACCAAGGGCUUGCCCUUGGAGGAAGUUGAUCUCUUGUUUGAAGACCGGAUUUUCAGUCUUCGACAGCGAGGUUCAUCUUCUAGACACGAGGUAUCGGACCAGAAGGUAGCAGUGGAGCAGAUUGAAACCGUUUAG